GUGAGCUUGUGCGAGUUGCAGUCGGUCGUGGCAUGCGAGAUCCGCAGGGUCUGUACAUCCUCACUCAGACACUAGAGGCGACACUACUACCAGAUGCUGCCGUCCGAGCUGCGGCAGAGAAGCAGCUGCUCGAAUGGGCAAGACGAGACGCUGAUCCUCACGCUGUCUUCUACGAAUGUCUGCUCGAUAUCGUCGCCGCCAGGGACCAUGUCAGCCUGGGAGCUCGCACACAGGCCAUGCUCAUCUUCAAGAACGGUGUUGAGAAGUACUGGCGCAGAUCAUCCGACCGUGGCCUGCCCCAGAGUACCAAGAUCAAGCUGAGACGUCAGCUGCUCAGUCUCAUCGAGGAACCAGAUCGCUCAAUUGCCAAUACGCUCUCGCUCUGCAUUGGCAGGGUCGCGAGACAUGACUAUCCGUCAGAAUGGCCGACGUUGCUCACGGACCUCCUGUCUAUCUUGGCUCAAGGCGAUCAGCAGACUCUCCGCGCGACCCCUUCGCUGCUACUUCAGCGAACGUUGCAGACUCUCUUCCAGGUCGUCAAGCUUCUGGCAACGAGCACGCUCGCAAGGGGACGUCAGAUCGCAGAAUCCCUCGGAGAGGACCUCUUUCGGCCGGUCCAUGCGCUCCAUGAGCGCUUGCGAACGUCGUGGGAUGCUUUGCUCAGCUCAGGUGGAAUGGCCGACGAAGCACUCGCUGUGCAAACCGCGCUGUCAUGUCAGACUUACAAGAUCCUCUCAAAGCUCGUCAUAUUCGGCUGGAAACAGCAACGCGAGUCCGAGCUUUGCCGUGCCUUUUAUCAUUCGUCUAUCGAGAGCUUGCCAAAGAUCGUCGCAUUACGAAGAGCUUUUGUGGAAGCCUUGACAGCCGCAAAGGGUGAUCACAUACUCAACAACACUACUUACAAUCUUUUGGAAUCCAUCACGCGCAUAUGUCUUGCAAACGCAAAGUUCUUCCGCAAGUUCUGGAUACACCGCAAGUCAGAGCUGUACGCGAUGGGCAGCAUUGACGCGAUGAUGUCGAAUCUGUGGCUGCUUGUCGAGCAUGCUAGCACGGACAUCGAGGCUCUCGUAUCAGAUCAAGUGACUGCCAUAUACCCAGAAAGACUGCUCGUACAAGGUCUGAUCACGCUGUCACUUGUCUUCGGCGAGCCUCCCCAAGACAUGGCCCAAAUGUCGGAUGCAAAUUUCGCUCUUCACUUUACACGGACAAUCGCGACGAAGCUCUUACCGCUCACAGAUGGUGACAUUGCGGCCUACAACGAUGACGCAGAGGCCUGGCUCAACGAGGAGGAGGCUGACCGAUGGGAAUACAACCUCCGGCCAGCAUCUGCGCAUCUUUUCUCCAUUCUUCUAUCAAGAUACCCUCGCGGCUGUGCUGCCACGCUCGAACUCUUAGCGCAGUCUAGCCAAAAUGACGAGAGCUCGAGUGCUUCUCGGCAAAGAGAGGCAUUGUACUACGCCUAUGGUCUAGGACCCACUGCAUUGGGACCCUACUGCAACAUCAUUCGCAUGAUCAAUGAUAGCAUUCAACGAGACGCCCUUACUAUCGAGCCAGGGACAGCGCUCCUCCGACGACGCAUAGCAUGGCUGCUUGGCGCGUGGCAAGAGCUCGAAUUGUCGUCCGACGAGCUGCAAGCCAUAUACCCCCUUCUGGUGCAUCUCGUCGUUCCCGGUCCAGGCAGAGAUAUCGCUGUCAGACUCAGCGCCGCAAAGAGCCUCAACGAAUGCAAUACCUGGCGCUUCUCGGAGAUCCUAUUCGAACCGUUCCUACCGCCUGCAAUCGCCGGCCUGACAUCGCUGCUGGCAAUCGUCACGAGUCAAGAAGGACAGAGCAAAGCUAUAGAUGCCCUUGGCAAUAUCGUGGCCCGCAUGGGCACUAGAGUCACUCCCUACGCUCAAGAGCUGCUUCAGGUCUUGUGCAAGCUUUGGAGCCAAGACAUCAACAGCCUACUGCGGAUUUCGAUCGUUGUGGCGGCUACCAAGCUUGCUGUCGAGACCGAUUCGGAAGGUCUGCAUGAGCCUCUGAUGACCAUCUUGCAUCAGUGUCUCGUCGUCGUGCCGCUGCCUUCCCCUGAGACCCGGCGCAGGAUGCCUGGCGAGGCCAAAGCACCCGGGCUUAGCUAUCUGCACGAGGACGCGCUCGAGUUGCUUCGCGAGCUAGUCGCCCAAUCGAACGAAGCGACUUCUUCCCUCCGUACCCUCAUACCCGUCGUUAUCAGCAUCAUCGCAUCAGCCACGGACACGUUGCUGCUCGGCCUCGAAGUCAUCAAAGGUUACUGCUGGCUUCAGCCAUCAUGUCUGCUGCCUCAUCUGCCGAGUCUCUGCGCUGCUUUCGACGACAUCGUCGAACUGCUCUACAUUCGACGCGACCUCAAGCCUUUGCUGCAUUGUCUGAGCAUCAUCAUCAAGACCCAACAGAGCGCUGUCUGGGCGCCCGAUACCGCGGCUUUCCUUUUGGCGCGGCUUGCAGCUCUGCUCGAACGCGAGUACACUGAGACGCCGAUUGUCGUGCAGCUGUCGAUUUGCUUCGCUCGCUUCUUUGUGUCCGAUCCUUACACUAGCAUCGAGCUGUGCCAGCGCAUAGACGCACUAAGCGCGAAAGAGCCGGGUCAUGCCUUGCGCCUAAUCUUGCGCACGUGGAGCAGCAAGUUUGACAACUUUGCAGAAGCGCGGCACCGCAAGCUGGUUGCGUUAGGCAUGUCGGGAGCUAUCAGCACAGGCAGCACGGUUGCGCUUUCGAUGCUCGCCGAACUCGUUCCUGCUCUCAACGAUGCACUUGCCGAGACGGAAGAGACGGCAACAGGAGACGCGGAUGCAUACAAGAGUGGCUCCCCGGACGGUACGGAUCUUGGCGACUUUCUAGAAGCCGAGAAAUCUGCGCAGGCUGUCCGCAGACAGGCGUAUCUGCAAUAUGAUCCGGUCCAUUCGCGCAGACUGAUGACGAGUAUCUCGAACGACUUUGCAUCUGCCCAAAGGGCCGCCGGCGGCCUCUUCGAGCAAGCAUUGGGUCAAGUCGACGAAUACUCGAUCGGCGAGCUAAAGCAGAGAUUGUCAGGACGAUUGCAGGGCUAG